ACACCACCGGAUAUUCGACCGCUCCACGCUGUCAGUCAUUGUUGCGAUGACGUCAUGUCAGGAGAUACAACAACGUUCUCGAAGCCAGCCCAUCUCUUAUAAACAUGAGAGACGGCGACGACAUGGUCAGUUACUGAGACCCUUAAGAUUAAUGCCAACUGCCGGCUUAGAGACUUACCAUCAUGCGCCGCCUUCUCGCGAUUCCGAUAAGGAUUCCCAGGGCAACAACCUCCGCCCUGCGCACAACCGUCAACACACUCGGCGUCCGCUGCCAUCCCAUCUACACACCCAGAUCACUCGGCCAGCAGCCGAGGUGCUCCUUUUUCUACAGCACGCAGAUCCAGCAGGGUCCGGACAGCAGCAAGACAAGUGACCAUCUCGGCCCCGGUUAUGGGCCUGGUCCGGCGACAGGGGCCGGCACAGGUGUCUUCAUCUCCGCACAGAUGUUUGGGACCGAGGUGAAGGGCAAUCCGACCGAGAGCGAAGCUGAUGUCGCGGCCGACCGGUGUGAGGCCGAUCCGCUGCCGCCGGAGCUGCAUCAUAAGGCCCGAUCGUCGGGAGAAGCGGGGCUAGGACCGACGUAGAACGAGGAGGAGGAGGUUGAUGAUGGAGAGAAUGAUACACUGGGGGGAGUGAGGAAGACGGGCUCGUUGAGACUUGGGAGGUUGAUUGGCGCAAGGCCUUUUGCGGUGUUGUGUAGUUGAAUGCACAAGGGCAGGCGGGACCUAGGGUAUAUUUUUC